GAGACUAAACGUAGACCUCACGUACCACAUAUCCACGUUCACGAAGAGCGUGCAUUACCAAGCGGAGAAUACUAAUAUGCUGAGAGAAGGCAUGGCUAUUGAGGUGUUUCUUAGUAAGUCCAUCUUCUGUUUGAGGAGACUAAACGUAGACCUCACGUAUGACAUAUCCACGUUCACGAAGAGCGUGCAUUACCAAGCGGAGAACACUAAUAUGCUGAGAGAAGGCAUGGCUAUUGAGGUGCGGCACGUGCGACGCAAGCAACUCCACCAAUACCUCUCAGCGUCGUUACUGGUGAAGCGUGAGCGGACAGCGUCAGGGACUAAACGCAAGCCCGACGCCCAGCCAGUCAAACCCGCACCUAAGAAAACUAAGCGAUUAUCCGAGAGUAGUACGGACGAAGUCAGCAUCCUGUCAUACAACGACGACUCCAACUCGUCCAACGUGUACGAGCUCAACCUCAACUCCGCGCCCGCCCCCCCCGCGGCCGCCGCCCCCCCCGCGGCCCCCGCCGAGCCCGCGGCGGCGGCGGCGGCGGCGGGGCCCAGCAUCGCCUGCACGUAG